AUGGCUGCCAGAGGCCCAGCAGGCUCCCGUGUGGGAAACUCUCGAUUUGCACAGUUCAAGCUAGUACUACUCGGAGAAUCUGCCGUGGGCAAGAGUUCCAUCGUCUUGCGCUUCGUCAAGGAUCAAUUUGACUCGUACCGGGAGAGCACCAUCGGUGCGGCCUUCUUAACACAGACAAUAUCGCUCGAUGAAAAUACAACCGUCAAGUUCGAGAUAUGGGAUACCGCGGGCCAAGAACGAUACAAGUCACUCGCACCAAUGUACUAUCGGAAUGCCAAUUGUGCCGUCGUUGUUUAUGAUAUUACACAGGCUUCCUCCCUCGAUAAAGCAAAGCAAUGGGUGAAGGAGCUUCAACGACAGGCUAAUGAGAAUAUAAUUAUUGCCUUGGCGGGAAACAAGCUCGAUUUGGUGACCGAGCAUCCUGAUAAGCGUGCGAUCCAAACUGCCGAUGCCGAAGCAUAUGCAAAGGAAGCCGGCUUGCUCUUCUUCGAGACAUCGGCAAAGACUGCGGAAAAUGUCAGAGAACUUUUUACCUCGAUCGCAAAGAAACUGCCAUUAGACCAGGCGGGGCCGAGAAAUCCAAGAUCUGGCGGAAGAGGGGGUGUGGAGCUGCGGCCUGAGGGACCUGGCACACAAGGAGCUGGCGCAUGUAGCUGUUGA